AUGCCUAAUGCUGUCAUCACCGGUUGCAACUCGGGUAUCGGACAUGAAUUUGCAAAGAUCUUAAUUGGUGAUGGCUAUACAGUGUAUGCGCUCGAUGUCUCUUCAGGGGACAAGCUACGCAGCUUAGAAGGACCUAAGUGCAAGAUCGGUCAGCUCGACGUGUCUGAUAUAGACUCAAUUCGUGGUUUCGGAGACAGCCUCGGCAACGAGCCGAUCGAUGUGUUGCUGAAUAUCGCUGGCGUUAUGCCGUCUAUAGCGAAGGACGACCUCGACUCGCUAGAGAUGGCGACCAUGAUCAAAUGCUUCGGUGUCAAUGCCUUUGGGCCGUUCUUCUUGACCCAGGCUUUGUUGCCAAACAUCCUGGCAGCUCCGGCACCGCGAAGAGUCUGCGUGACUUCAUCACGUGUGGGAUCAAUCACGGAUAACAGCUCUGGCCGAUAUUACUCGUAUCGAGCAUCGAAGACAGCGGUCAAUAGCUUCUUCAAGAACUUUGCUGUGGAGCUCAAGGACAAAGAGGUGAUUGUGAGCAUGCUACACCCAGGCUUCACUAAAUCAAACCUCGACCCAGAUGAUAACAUUAGAAAGAUUCCCGAUGCCGUUGAGCCUGUAGAGGCUGCAGAAAAGCUGUGGAAAGUCGUUAUGAGCAAGAAUCUUGAUGACACGGGCAAGUUCUGGCACCGAGAAGGCAUGGAACUCCCGUGGUAG